AGCGUGUGCCGGCGGAAGCGGAAGGCGCAGCGGCCGGGCCCUUCCUGCGGGGAGCCCGAGCCGGCAUGGGCGAGAGCACCAGCCCCAUCAGCGUGAUCCUGGUGAGCUCGGGCAGCCGCGGCAACAAGCUGCUGUUCCGCUUCCCGUUCCAGCGCGGCGCCGAGCACCCCGCCGCGCAGGACAACAAACCAAGGAGUCGAUAUGCUGUGAAUGGCUCUGGUGACAGCACAGAAGAUCAAGAUGGGGACUCCAGAGACCAAUGUCCUCUAACUGAUGAGCAAUUGGUUUCAGGGUUUUCAGAUGUCAUCCUGGCAACAAUUUUGGCUACCAAGUCAGAUAUGUGUGGCAAAAAGUUUGAAUUGAAGAUUGAUAAUGUUCGCUUUGUUGGCCAUCCCACCUUGCUCCAGCAUGCCCUUGGGCAGGUAUCCAAAACUGACCCCUCACCAAAGAGAGAGAUGCCCACCAUGAUUCUGUUCAACGUGGUGUUUGCACUAAGGAGGCUGCUGGUGCUCCCGCAGGCCAACGCGGACCCGUCGGUGAUCAGCUGCCUGCACAACCUGUCGCGCAGGAUCGCCAUCGUCCUGCAGCACGAGGAGCGCCGCUGCCAGUACCUGACCCGCGAGGCCAAGCUCAUCCUGGCCAUCCAGGACGAGGUGUCUGCCAUGGCAGAGACCACAGAAGGGCCCCAGUCACCUUUUCAUCACAUCCUACCCAAGUGCAAACUGGCCAGAGAUCUCAAAGAGACAUAUGACAGUCUCUGCACAACAGGGGUGGUUCGUUUACACAUCAACAACUGGCUGGAAGUGAGUUUCUGCCUUCCUCACAAAAUCCACUAUGUUGCCACCAACUUCAUACCCCCAGAAGCAAUUGAGAGAAGUCUGAAAUCCAUCAGGCCUUACCAUGCCUUAUUACUUUUAAAUGAUGAGAAGUCAUUGCUUAAUGAGCUCCCGUUGGACUGCUCUCCUGCCCUGGUGAGAGUAAUUAAAACUACCUCUGCUGUGAAGAAUUUGCAGCAACUGGCUCAAGAUGCUGACUUGGCAUUGCUGCAGGUUUUCCAGCUUGCAGCACAUCUUGUUUACUGGGGCAAAGCAAUUAUUAUUUAUCCUCUUUGUGAAAACAAUGUCUACAUGCUUUCUCCAAAUGCCAGUGUCUGCCUGUACUCUCCCCUGGCAGAUGCCUUCUCCUGUCAGUUCCGGGGUCACAACCUGCCCUCCAUGCUGGCCAAGUUCUCCCUCCCGGUGUCCCUGGCCGAGUUCAAGAACCCGCUUGCACCACCCAUGCAAGAGACCCAGCUGAUCCAGAUGGUGAUCUGGAUGCUGCAGCACCGGCUCCUGAUCCAGCUGCACACCUACGUGUGCCUGAUGGUGCCCCCGCAGGAGGAGGAGCUCCGAGCCCAGGACGAGGACGUGCCCUUCACUGCCAGGGUUGGGGGACGGAGUUUGAGCACCCCCAAUGCUCUCAGCUUUGGCUCCCCAACCAGCAGUGAUGACAUGACUCUGACAAGCCCUAGCAUGGAUAACUCCAGUGCUGAGCUGAUACCUGGUGGGGACUCACCCCUAAAUAAGAGGAUGACAGAGAAUCUCCUGGCAAGCCUGUUGGAGCACGAGAGGGAAGCCAUCCUGAAUGUCCCAGCUGCCCAGAAUCCAGAGGAUCUCCGCAUGUUUGCAAGUGUGUAGGAACACUCCAACAGUGCUGUUGGAGGGGCAGCUCUUGCAACUUGAGGAGGGGAAAACAAUGAUGAGCAGUGGAAAGCAAUAAUCUUCCAUCAGUGCAUCUGGAUGUGCACAUCUGUCAGCAGACACAGCUGUGCAGCUUCAGAGGGACUCAAGCACAGUGCUGGUGCCCCAAGAAGUGCCAUCUCAUGCUGAUUGUGUCCCAUAAAUGUUCCUUGCCCAAAAAGUGAGGGCAGUGCCCACCUUCUCUGGAGCUGUGAGCCCCAAGGACAGCCUUGUAGAUUCUAGUUGGACUUUUGGGAAAGCCUCCUCCCUGGGAGCGUGGUGCAGCCCAGGACAGAUUGCCCAAGCAUCUGGAGGGAUCUCCAUCUUGGAAGGGUUUGAAAAAGCUCCACAGCAUUAGCAAUACUUCUGCUGGAGCAGGAUGCUGGGCUAGACUUUGGGGGUGUCUUCCAGCUGGCAUUUUGGUGAUAUUCUUUAAUAUCCUCUCGAGCUUUUAUUGGAGUGGAAAGUAUUUAGUCUUGACCAGUUACAAAUCCAGACUCUUUCUGAAUAUAAGAUGGAUUUAUUUAUUGGCAAACUGCUCAGUCUGUGCUGCUGUGGAAAGUCAGGUUGUACCAUUUGCAUGGGAGAGAGCUGAGGCAGGGUGUGAGCACAUGGGCACAAGAGCAUGGCAUAGGGAAUCCCCAAAAUCCCUUUGUGAACUGUGAGAUGAGCUGUAAAAUACAGAUGUUUCUGUUCACACCUGUGGGAACAGUCUGGCUUUGACACACCCAGAACUGACACUGUCCCUGUGAGUGACCACUUCUCAGUGCACACAGGUGCCACUGGCCCAGGGGGUGCCCAGUGAGCCUCAUGUCAGUACCCAGUGGGAGACAGUGCAAAAGGCACAGCCCAGACACAGCAAAGACUGGAGCUUGUGCUGCAGGUACAGAGUGGCAGCAGUGACCUUCUCCACACUGGUGCCAGCUUGAGCUGGCAGAGGAACAGCAGGAGGAGCUGGCAGGGAGCUGGGGCUGCCCAGCCCCAGGCUGCCACUGAGGAUCCUGCUCUGAGCCCACAGACAGCUGUGGGGGAGAGGAGGGAUGUGGCAAGUUGGGAAGCAGAGAAACACACGUGGCACUGGGCUAG